CUCAUGAAGUAUAUAAACUUUAAUUUGAUAUCUCUGAAAGUUAAAUGGGGUGUAUACUUGAAAAUGAAUAUAAAAAUAUACAUUAUAAUUUCUUUAACAUUUUUCUAUCAUAUUGCAGCCGCCAAAGGAGGUUGCAACCCAGACCACGAAAACAAUUGCUGUCAAGGAUUUUUCUUUGAGGAAAUUUCACAUGAAUGCAAAGAAUGUCCUCCGGGGUAUAUCGGCGUAAACUGUUCCAUGGCAUGUCGGUAUCCUGGGUAUGGCAAAUAUUGUCAGGAACAAUGUAACUGUUCACAGGAGUUGUGUGACAUAUCAAUAGGAUGUCUCGGCCUGAAUCUCGAUCCACUCAAUGAAGAAAAGGUGUUCCAAGAAAAAAACUCUACAAAAUUAAGGGAUGAGAACGAUAAUUUGAACAUGGAGUCUCAGUUAACACCAAUUCUGAUCGGUAUUAUAGCUUUCUUGGCAUUCCUGCUAUUCGCUAUUGGGGGACGAAUGAUCUGGAAAAAGGUUCAACAGGCCAACACCAAGAUCGUUCAAAGACAACAACGGGAGAUUCAAGGUCUUGAGAAAAAAUUGAAAAAAUCAAAGGAAAAUGAAGAAGCAAAGGAAAACUUUUACGAGGAUAUUGAUGGGCUGAAAGCAGGAGAGAGCAGGAAAGACAUUUUGUCUUCUGAAAAUGACUACAUCGACAAGCUGGAUUUCUUUGAAAAAGAAAAGUCUAAUAAUCCAGAAAUGAAUCAUUUCUACGAUGCUUUGAAAUAAUUAAAUGCUAUUCAAAAUUUUACUUGUCCAAAAAGUAUAUAACAGAAUAAUUGUAAGCAGAUAAUUAAAGAAAAAAACUGUAAAAGCUGAAGAAUGAAGGUGCAAUAAAAUCAUUUGUGGAAGUAUAUAUUUCAGAUACACAGUUUUUCUUUUAAUUAAAAUAAAUGUAGGUAUAUAAUUUAAAAUAAAUGAAAAGUGAUAAAACAAGUGCAUUUAAAUGAGAGAAUAUAUCAUUUUGUUAAAGUUUAUCAUUACACGUCAGGUUUUCAAUUUAUUUCAGUAUCAAUCAGCAUAACUUACAGCUGUUGUGUUAUACAUAAAGCAUGCCAUCAUAAAGCUCGAACCUGAUUUAAGAAAAAGUUAUUUCCUUUACUACUAUAUUUUUUUUUUAAUUGACGUGCAUAGAUAUUAGCUUGGUUAAAACCAUAGUUACAUAUUUUGGUCACAACUUAUUUCUGCUAGAUAUACAUUAAAUUUGUCUAUUUCUUUGUGCGACAUCAUUUUCCCGACUUAAAGUAACUGCUUUAUGUAAUCUUUAGGAAUACUUAUAAAUGCAAAAAUAAUAUUUUCUUGAGCAUAUCGUAUCGAAUCGCGUUAUAAGGAAAAAUAGUUAUGAUGAACUAAAAAAAUAUUUUCAGUACACGAAAAAAAAAAUCUUGGUUUUCAUCUACUUGCCAAUUCAAAUAAAAAAAACACCACCUACUUAUAUGAAUCUUAAUACAAUGUAUAUUAAGUGUACUCCAGAGUCAGGAUGUAAAAGUUAAGAACAAACU